AUGCUCCACGAGAGAAAAGGAUACCUGCAACUGCGGUUGAAAAGGCUGGCGAAGCGCACGAUCUCGUGUCUGAGUCCCUGCUGCUUUAAUUCCUGGGAUGUGUGCCGGACCGGCGGGGAGUAUGUCUGGGACAACUUCCGGCGUCUCAGCGACCACAUGAGCCAGUACAGCUGCUGGUCGGGCACCCACCUGGCCGUGUUAUUAAUUUUUUCGCUAUUUGUUAUCACGCUUUACAAGGUGCAAUACAAAACGGGUAUCGAGGUAUUCUCCUUUUUUCCUAUCGACGACAGCGGUUUUGAGAAUUACAACGAGGAGAUGCUGGAAUAUGUUGACGUGUCGAAACAAGCCGCUCGGCAGCCGGACAGCGGUUUUCUCUUCUGCUGGGUGAUGACAGCGCCGGUGCAUCAUCGGACCAGGGUAAAAGCCGUAAAUACGACUUGGCUGCCGAAUUGCGACGCUGGUCAUUUUUACACGACCAAUGGGCAUCAAUUAUCGCAAAAAAUUCCUUUCCACACAAUUUUCAACGGCUUGCCGGACAGCUAUUUCAAGCUGUUCUGGAAAACUCGACUCGCCCUCCUCUACACUUACAAAUAUGUAUCCAGAGAUUUUGACUGGUACUUCAAAGGUGACGACGACACAUAUGUGGUGGUCGACAAUUUGCGGAAGUAUCUCAAGAAUUUCGACCCCGAUCAACCGUACUACAUUGGGUACCGGUUGCGGAGAAGGAUGCCCGACAAUGGCUACAACGCGGGCGGGUCUGGCUACGCGUUGAGCCGGGCGGCGAUGAAGAUCUUUGCCGAAGAGCUGUUCCCAUCUCGAGAAUUGUGUCCCUAUCACGAAUGGGAGGACUUGGCUAUUGCGAGAUGCCUAGCCGCCAAAAAAAUCCAUCCGCUCGAUACGCGAGACGAGCUGGGGCGUCAGCGCUUCUUGGCGUGGCGUCCUGAAGAGCACUUCAACGGCGACCUAACUCGGAGCUUCAUCUACGAUAAAGUUGAGCAUAAGGGUUUCGAAAUCUACCACGAGAAUCUGAUCAGUCUCCAUCACCUCCGGCCCGACGAGAUGCGGCUGAUUCAUGGAAUUCUCUAUGGUGUAUCCCAUGGGUUGACCCCCGGUGCACACGGAUCUCACGGCAACAACGGCAGCGCGGUGGAGACGUCAUUAGGCCCCCCGAAUUCCUCUAUCACCAUGAAA